GAGAAACUAGUGGUGGUAAACUAGGUCCAAGAAGCAAGAAGAGAGUGAAGGUAUCAUGUCACGGACCACAACACCGAACAGAUACAAAUAAAAUAAGAAGCUUAGCUGAUCAUAUAAAUGAGGUUGGAGAACAAAGACACCGUGGCAGGGUUACUACAGAACAUUGAUCUCCAAGGCCUCUAAAAAUUGUCCAACUGUUUCCUUGAGACAGUGAAUCAACCAUGGCUUAACGCGUGUCCACCUCAUGCUUUAGAAUUUAUAUUCAUGAACUAUAUCUUCAAUGUUUUGAGUAUAAAUAACAACCUUUGCUUCAGGAUAGUUGUUACAAGGCCAAUCUGCUUCCAACCCUCUACAAAUAUCACAUUUGAGGUUUCACCUUUCACAUUGGUGGAAGACAUUGUUAAUUUAUUGUCAAAAACUCAGAGACUUGAGACUAACAAUGAGUCUCAUUCACUGGUCUUUAAUCUUAUGGAUCACCAUGAUGCUUUUCAUCCAUAAUUUGGAUAAUGUGGAAGGAAGAUACCACUAUCACAAGGGGCAGAAGAAAAAUUCCCCAGCUCCUAAUCCACCUGCUGAGUCCCCUACACCACCAGAGGACCCUCCUUCACCCCCUUCUAAUUCCCCAAGUGUUCCCUCUGACCCUUAUCCCAAUGAUCCUCCUGGGGACUCCCCUUCAGGCUGCAUUUUCGAUGUCAGGUCCUUUGGUGCAGUUGGAGAUGGUUCAGCUGAUGACACCGAUGCAUUCGUGGCAGCAUGGAAAGAAGCUUGUGCAGUGGAGUCAGGGGUUGUUCUUGUUCCAGAAGAUUACUGCUUCAAAAUUACUUCAACUAUCUUUACAGGUCCAUGCAAGCCAGGACUAGUAUUUCAAGUGGAUGGUACUCUAAUGGCACCAGAUGGACCAGAAUGUUGGCCUAAGGAAGAUAGCCACAGUCAAUGGCUUGUGUUCUAUCGACUUGAUCAAAUGACUCUUACUGGGAAAGGAACCAUAGAAGGCAAUGGAGAACAGUGGUGGGAUCUUCCUUGCAAACCUCACAGGGGUCCCGAUGGAAAAACUGUAUCAGGACCAUGUGAUAGCCCUACAAUGAUACGGUUCUUCAUGAGCUCCAAUUUGGUGCUGAGUGGGGUGAAAAUUCAGAACAGUCCCAUGUUCCACGUCAAAUUCGAUGGUUGCCAAGGAGUACUCAUCGAUAAGUUGUCAAUUUCUUCGCCUAAACUCAGUCCCAAUACUGAUGGAAUCCACCUAGGAAAUACAAGAGGUGUUGGGAUAUAUAACUCCAUGAUAAGCAAUGGUGAUGAUUGCAUUUCAAUUGGACCCGGGUGCUCCGAUGUGGACAUAGAGGGUGUUACUUGUGCUCCUACCCAUGGUAUUAGCAUUGGAAGCCUUGGAGUGCACAACUCCCAGGCAUGUGUCUCAAACUUAACGGUUCGCAACACCAUCAUAAAGGAAUCAGACAAUGGCCUCAGGAUCAAGACAUGGCAAGGUGGAACGGGCUCAGUGACAGGCCUAAGAUUUGAGAACAUCCAAAUGGAGAAUGUGAGGAACUGCAUCAUCAUUGACCAAUACUAUUGCAUGUCCAAGGAGUGUCUCAACCAAACUUCAGCUGUGCAUGUAAACGAUGUGACGUAUAGGAACAUAAAGGGUACUUAUGAUGUGAGAACACCUCCUAUACACUUUGCAUGCAGUGACACUGUGGCUUGCACUAACAUAACACUCUCUGAGAUUGAGCUUUUGCCAUACGAAGGGGAGCUACUAGAUGACCCUUUUUGCUGGAAUGCUUAUGGAACUCAAGAGACCAUGACUAUUCCCCCACUUGAUUGCUUAAGAGAAGGUGAACCUGAUACAGUUGUGGAGCUCUCAGCAUAUGAUUGUAGGAGUUAACAUGCCACAUUAAUUUGUUGUUGCUCAUAUUGGAGGUAUAUUAUCAUUAUCAUAUAUCAUAUAGUACACUCGUAGAGCAGAGAGGGCCAUUGUUGUGGGUUGUGAUUGUGGUCUUAUUUAUGUUUUUUUUACUUAGGAUUCGUCCCUAUUUGGGGUUUCCCCUAGUGUGUGAUGAGUUACGAGAUAUAGAAUUCAAUCUCUUUUUUGGGACCUAGAUUGUAUUAAUAGCUUGAUUGGGUAUAUAUAUAUAUAUAUAUAUGACAGGUUGGGAAUCUAA